AUGAUAUACCGAUCUAUUCCGGAGGCGAGGGUCCACUUCCUCCUCCUCCUCCUUCUGGUCCAUCUGCUCGCGAACGUCACAGCUUUGGAGAUUACGUAUCCCAAGAUUGGAACUAUCUAUCCCACGAGAGGGCCCCUUGACGUGCAAUGGCAGUCGACGUCCGACUUUGAUCCCACGGAGCUCGCUAUCUACCUGGCGACGUAUAGUGGGCAGAACCUGAAAAGCGAACAGCGGUGUAUUGUCGCCGUCAUCGAUGAUGGAUCUACCGCCAUCACGCUGAGUCAACCGCCACCACAGGGAGACUCUUGGACUUGGAUGUUCUACGACGACAGCCUCAUCAUCUCUCUCGGCAACAACUACGUCGCAGAGUCGGUGCAUUUCCAGUUCCAAAGUGCUACCCCCACCCCCACCCCAGCCGCCUCUACCGGGACCUCUUCCGCAGGCCUGUCGCCGGGUGUCGCGGCGGCGAUCGGCGUCGGUGGGACGCUUGUGGUGGUGGCGUUGGGUCUGGUCGUCGGAUACUGCUGCUUCUACCGGCGACGGCAGCAGAGGAAGCGCGAGACCAUCAGCGCCGUGCCCUACACGCCGGGCCACCGCUACUCCAAGCAAGAGCUCGACAGUAAGCCCGGCACGGCUCACGGCCCAGCAUUCUCCAGUGCUCCAAUCAAUCCACCCUCGUAUGCAGGGAUGAAGGGAGCCGUGCAGCAUGAGAUGGAAGUCUACCCCGGCACCCCCUCCACGCCUGUGCCGUCAAAUGACCUGGUCUCUCCGGGCGCCGAGCUCUCGGUCAAGGCACGCCACUCGCAUCUCCCACCGCAACAGCAUGCCGACCAGCCCAUGUCGCCGUGGAACGAGCUGGCUCUAUCACCCGUACGGCAUGAAAUGUACCACGAUCCGCAUCGCGUCUUGCCGCAAGAACUACCCGGCGAUAUGGGACAUGUUCAGCCCAGGUGA